AUUUAACAUUCCACAUUAAGAUGUAAUAUUCAAAGGCUCUUUUAUCUCUAUCAUGGGGUCUUCUAUCUCAGGUGCCAUCUGAUCUGAGCUGAAAAAGAAAAUAUAGGAAGAGGCAAGGUGCCGUGGCUCAGGCCUGUAAUCCCACCACUUUGGGAGGCUGAGGUGGGAUGAUCACUUGAGCCCAGGAGGUUGAGGUUGCAGUGAGCCUGAUCUGCCACUGCACUUCAGCCUGGGCGACAGAGUGAGACCUUGUCUCUGAAAAAAAAAAAAAAAAAAGAAAGAAAAGGAAGGAAAUUAAUCUAUAUCAAAAGGUCAGUCCUUAAGGGGUCUGCUCCAUUUCUCGGUCUCCAAAGUCAGCCCUCCUCAGGGCCUAACAACUUUUAGAAGCCCCAAAUAGACAGACUGUCCAUUUCUUUCUGCACUUGGCCCGGUCUCACUGCAAGCCACGCCUGGCCCAGCCCCGUCCCGCCUUGAGCCUCGGUGUCCCCACCUAGGGGCGGGCAGCCAGGGGCACUUCCGCUGGCCCAAGUGAUCUGCAUGUGGCAGGGCUGCGCAGUGGAGCGGCCAGCAGGCAGGAUGACGAGCCAGACCCCUCUGCCCCAGUCCCCCCGGCCCAGGCGGCCGACGAUGUCUACCGUUGUGGAGCUGAAUGUGGGGGGUGAGUUCCACACUACCACCCUGGGUACCCUGAGGAAAUUUCCGGGCUCAAAGCUGGCAGAGAUGUUCUCUAGCUUAGCCAAGGCCUCCACAGACUCGGAAGGCCGCUUCUUCAUCGACCGCCCCAGCACCUAUUUCAGACCCAUCCUGGACUACCUGCGCACUGGGCAAGUGCCCACACAGCACAUCCCUGAAGUGUACCGUGAGGCUCAGUUCUACGAAAUCAAGCCUUUGGUCAAGCUGCUGGAGGACAUGCCGCAGAUCUUUGGUGAGCAGGUGUCUCGGAAGCAGUUUUUGCUGCAAGUGCCGGGCUACAGCGAGAACCUGGAGCUCAUGGUGCGCCUGGCGCGUGCAGAGGCCAUAACAGCACGUAAGUCCAGCGUGCUUGUGUGCCUGGUGGAAACUGAGGAGCAGGAUGCAUAUUAUUCAGAGGUCCUGUGUUUUCUGCAGGAUAAGAAGAUGUUUAAGUCCGUUGUCAAGUUUGGGCCCUGGAAGGCGGUCCUAGACAGCAGCGACCUCAUGCACUGCCUGGAGAUGGACAUUAAGGCCCAGGGGUACAAGGUAUUCUCCGAGUUCUACCUGAUGUACCCCACCAAAAGAAACGAAUUCCAUUUUAACAUUUAUUCGUUCACCUUCACCUGGUGGUGAUCCUCAGGAGCAGAGACUGUUAUGAAUUCUGGCAUGGCUUAUGAAAUUAAAAGUUGCCAUCAAAGCCAUUUUCUUUUAAUUUCACAAACAUCAGGCAAUUUCCAGGGUUGGUCUAGAGCCUUGCCACUAAAUACUGAUCUCUCAUUUAAGGACUUUCCACUCCAUUGCAACUGACGCCACUAUGUUUGCCUAGCAACUUGCAGCUACUUCCUCUUCAAAGCCUCAUAUAUCUCCCAGACCCUUCUCAUGAAGUCCAAUAACAAGGCCAAGUAAGAAUGUUUCAACAAUGCGUUGGCAAGAGAUGUGAGAUGACAACAGGAACAUACGAGAUACUGUGAAUCUAGAUGUUCUGACCUAAAGAUGUAGUCUACAUAGCCCCAGCUUGGGGUCCAAUCCAUCUAUCUCUGGCAUGUGCCUUCAUGUAGUAGGUGCUUUCCUGAUCCCCUUUGCGAGAUGCUGUGGGUGCUAAAACCUCAGAGCUGUCCUCUUCUCUAGAGUGGAGGUUUUCAAAGUGCAUCAUCAGCAUUACCUGUGAACUUACUGGAAAUACAAAUCCUCAGGCCCCACCUCAGACCUACCGAAUCAGAAUCUCUGGGGGUUGGCACAGCCUUCUGAUUUACCAAACCCUCCAGGUGAUUUUGACGUAUUCUGAUUUUGAGACCGUCUCUAGAAAAGAAUUGCUACCUCUUGCAUGGAGGUACAAAAGACUGACCUCUUACAUCAAGGAACUUCCUUUCCCAAAGCUCCUCUUGGAAUCAAGCUGAAGUCAGUCUUCUUCUGAGAGCACAUUCUUACUCAGUUUUUUUCCUCUGUCCUACGCUGCUCCCCUCACUCCCCUUCUCCUUUUUUUUUUUUUUUUUUUGAGACGGAGUCUCGCUCUGUCGCCCAGGCUGGAGUGCAGUGGCUCAAUCUCGGCUCACUGCAAGCUCCGCCUCCCGGGUUCACGCCAUUCUCCUGCCUCAGCCUCUCCGAGUAGCUGGGACUACAGGCGCCCACCACCACGCCCGGCUAAUUUUUUGUGUUUUUAGUAGAGACGGGGUUUCACCGUGGUCUCGAUCUCCUGACCUUGUGAUCCCCCGCCUCGGCCUCCCAAAGUGCUGAGAUUACAAGCGUGAGCCACCGCGCCCGGCCUCCCCUUCUCCUAAGAGCACUCCAUCAAUAAACCACUUGCACGAGA